CUCUCUCUCUCUCUCAAUGACAGAAGAAACCCAACCAAGAUGGGAAGGCAAGCUCAUUGCUGAGCUGAAAGGGCCAACACCAGACCAAGCGUGGCCAUUCUUGGAGGACUUUUGCAACCUCCACAAGUUGCUUCCCACCCUGGACACGUGCCACCGAGUUGAGGGCAUCUUGGGCCAGCCCGGCCUUGUUCGGUACGUCAGCUCCACCACGUUCGGCGACGACUCAGACUCGUCAAAGAUCAAGUGGGCCAAUGAGCGGCUCAUCAUGAUGAACCCUAGUGACAAGUGCUUCAGCUAUGAGGUCUUGGACAACAAUAUUGGGCUCAAGUCCUAUGUUGCCACAAUUAAAGUGAUGCCGAUGAACGAUGGGGAUGGUAAGAUGGUCGGGUGCACGAUUGAGUGGUCUUUUGUGUCUGAUCCAGUCGAGGGUUGGGGGAUCCAAGAUAUGCGGUCCCUCUUUGACUUUUAUCUCCAAUCUAUGGCCAAGAAGAUAGAAACUGCAAUCCAAGAAGCUAGUGGUGAGGUGGGAAAGAUGUGAUGCCUCUUGUUGAUUGACUAUGCAUGCUUUGAAUAAUCUUAAUAUGAUUGUGUUUGAUCUCUUAAAGAUGUGUUUUGCAUUACAUGGAGAUCUAAUCUCAGCAUAAUAUUUCCUUUUUCUUAAUAUGAUUGUGUUUGAUCUCUUAUGACGUCCGACGAUGAAUGUGUAAUCUGGAACUACUUGUAUGAGCU